AAAAUGCCUCACCAACGGCAACAUCAGUCCCUUGCUCGCUUCUACUUCAAGCCUACAAGACCCUCCCAAGCCGUACAAAAGUUCGGGGAAGAUUUCCACAUAAAGAUUUAAAAUUAAUUAGAAACCGGCCGCUGCGUAUUCUGCAAUGGAAGUCAAACCAGCUAUAUUUUUAUAUUUGAUUGUGGCAUCGAUGUGUGGUCUUGGUCAGGGUGCAACCUUUACAUUCAUCCAAUUUCCGGUUAAAGGUACUCAUCGCACUGCUCGAAUGUCUCUCGGGACAUCGGUUAAUACAGGGCAAUGUGCCCACAUUGGGCGGAAUUGUAUCAUGCAGCGGGACAGGGCGGACAACCCGUCGUCCUUCACCUACGUGCCCUGCUGUGAGUACCUCACCUGCCAAGGAAUUGGGCCGGUCGAGAUCAGAAACGGACUUGGCCAGGCGCUCAAGAGCGAUGAGAACACUUUUAGCGGGAUCUGCACCGUCAGUCUGGACAAUGGAGGGGGAAACUUGGGCCAAUACAAGAAUUACGUCGCUGGACUUUAAAAGUCGCUGGAUUUUUGGGGCUGGUUGUGGAGAAAUAUGAUUCACUAAAUACUUCCAUUAUUAAUUUUUGACCUAUAAUUACAUGAAUCUAACCGAAUCCAUUUGACUUUUAUGAAUUAAUAAAUAUUUACCGAAAUUUAAUAAUGA